GUUAGACCUCCUCACAUCACUGGAAAGGAUAUAAAAAUAAUCUCUUGCUAAAGCACCAUCGACCUCCGGGUGCAGCUACCGCAAGCAUGAUUAAGAAAAUGUCACCAUCCGAGAACGAGUUCGACAUACCGGCCAAGAAUUGCCACAGGAUGGUGAUCCUGGGCUCCACGAAAGUUGGGAAGACAGCCAUCAUCUCUCGGUUUCUGAACGAGAGGUUUGAUGACCAGUAUACGCCCACUAUUGAGGACUUUCAUAGGAAACUCUACAGCAUCAAGGGAGACGUUUACCAGCUUGACAUUUUGGACACAUCUGGAAAUCAUCCCUUCCCUGCAAUGAGGAGACUUUCAAUUCUUACCGGUGAUGUGUUCAUCUUGGUGUUCAGCCUGGAUAACAGAGACUCCUUCCAGGAGGUGCAGCGCCUGAAGCACCAGAUUUAUGAGACCAAGUCCUGCCUGCGAAACAAAACCAAGGAGAACGUGGACGUCCCGCUGGUCAUCUGCGGCAACAAGUGUGACAAAGACUUUUAUCGUGAGGUGCAGGAGGACGAGAUCGAGCGGCUGGUCGGCGGAGACGAGCACUGCGCUUACUUUGAAAUCUCAGCAAAGAAGAACACCAACGUAGACCAAAUGUUUCAGACUCUCUUUACCAUGGCCAAGCUGCCGAAUGAAAUGAGCCCCGAUCGGCACUGCAAAGUUUCCCUGCAGUGCAGCGAGGUUCUUCACAGAAAGUCCUUCAGGAACAAGAAGUGUAAAGAUGGGAACGCGUACGGGAUUGUGGCGCCGUUUGCGCGGAGACCCAGCGUGCACAGUGACUUGAUGUACAUAAAGGAGAAAGCUGUAGGAGGCAGCCAGACCAAAGACAAAGGCUGCACCAUAUGCUGACACUUUUUUCUUUGCCUGCGUGCAAGAGACUUUCUCUUAGACUUUCCAGUGCUGAUGAGGAGACAAGCCGCCCUGCAUACAGGCACAUCAGCCGGGGAAAAAAAAAAGUAGACUUAGCCUCUGAGGCGACAGUGACACAUGGGGCAAGUGGCUCUUCUCAGAGACCCCGUGUAGUGAUGCAGUAGAGAUGCUCUGACAAUGCUGUACAAUCUGCCUCUACAUUAGCUUGCCGAGAAUGGCACAUGAGGAAAAAAUGUUUACAUUUAGCUAUUUUUUUUUCUCUCUCUCAAAAACUUGGAACUUGAAUGUUGCAUUAUGAACAAAUUUGAUUCUGAAUGUGUAUUUAUUAUGUCUAGGUCCACCUUUUUCACAAAAGAGAAAAUAAAACCACUUGUUA